UGCCAGCAAAAAUUUGCAACUUUGAACAGAUGUUUUGUAAAGGUCAGCUGUUUUAUGAAAAGUAGCCGUUACAUGAAAAUAGAAAAGCUAACACCAAAAUGGAUCAAAAAGGCAGAGAUUCAAGGAAGCAGCUAGUGUUCAGGUACAGAAAACUCGCCAAAUGAAGUUAUAAUUUUACCUCAAGUUUAUUGUUCUACAUUAAAAGAUUCUUCUCCAGAGUUACCCCCACUAUAUACUUUCGACGACUACGACACGUGUUUUGUAAAUACGACAUCAGCUCUGGCCUCCACCUAUUGCAUGGUCCUAGCUCAAGUGCAACCAGAUAAUUCUUCAAAUAUAUGGCAAGCAAUUGAGGAGCAUAAAAUGGGCAAAUUUCAUUAUCGCCAUGAUUUACUCUUUUUUGGGGUGUGUGUGGAGAAAUGUUUGCGCUUCAUCGAUUCCAAGGAUGAUGAUUAUCCGACUAAAGAAACUAAUGAAACGCUAGAUAUGGAGAUCAUUAAGCAUUUGGAAUUUAUCCAUAAAAGACCCUUGGACAUAGAAAUGCGGCUGAAAUAUUCUUCACUGAUGCAAAGAUGUCUGAACGAGGAAUUCCAAAGGAAAUACAAUUUAAAGCUGAAAACAUUUAUUGAGUAUUGCGAAAAAGGCCCAGAAGAUAAUCACCUUGAAAAAGAUGAAGGAGUGAGACUUCUACAUAAAGUCGUCAAAGGCCUUCUUCUGUUGAUGCUGUUUUCAUCAUUCUACGAUUAUUAUUUGCUGACACAUCAGACAGAGGAAAACCAAAAUGGAGAUUUUUACAAAAAUAACCAUGUAGACUUUGUAUCACGCAUUUUGACAUCAUUCUCGGUAGCACGAAACUAUUAUCGCCUGAACCAACCCUAUCGUGGAAAAAUUGGCAAAGACUUUGCAUAUCUCGAUGGUUAUCGCGCGAUAUGCACAAUUUUUGUGAUACAAGCCCACACAUUCUACUUGCAGUUUCUACAUAUCCAAAAUCCCGAGUAUUUCGAAAAUAUUAUGGGGAGCAAAGCUGGCUUAGCUCUACUCAACACUUCAACCGUCAUUGAAAUCUAUGCGGUGAUGAGCGGGCUAUUAUUCACUGUGAAAUUCAAGGAGAGCCAAAUUGUAACGCCGCAGACAAGUUGGACUAAAUGCUUGCGAAUCUUUUUGCUCAUAGUUGCUGCUCGUUUUCUGAGAUUUAUACCGUCGGUAGCUAUAAACCUUUUAGUUAAUGGCGCCGCUUUAAGCUCUUUCGCCGAUGGACCAUUUUGGCGUCACAUAAGCGAACCCUGUCGAACAUUCAGCCGAGAAAAUUGGUGGCAAAAUAUUUUCAUGAUAAAUAAUUUCACACCACAGCAUUCGGUGAGCAAUCAUACAUGGUAUCUUGCAGCCGACUUCCAGUUAUUUACGAUUUACACUUUUGUCCUUAUAUUUAUUUCAAAAAGCCCACACUAUAAGAAACACGUUUUAGUAGGAUUAUCCUUCCUCUCCGUACUUAUACCCACAGCGAUAAGUUACUAUUUUAAACUGGAAUCGACUUAUAUUGUGAAACCUGAAAACUAUAGAUAUGGAUUUAUUAGCAAUACGAAAGAAUUUGAAAAAUUGUACAUACCCUCCUACACGAAUUUGGGCGGAUAUCUCUUUGGUAUAUGGUGUGGGGAGCUUUACAUAAAGUUCCUUAGCAGGGAGAAGAUACGGCGCAAGGUACAAGGAGUGCUCAAAUAUGAACUGUCAAUCUUGUUAAUUAUUCCCAUUGGCUGGCUUAUAAUUCGUUGCGGAACUAUUACGGUUUACUUUGAACCAUCCAUAUGGACGGCACUUUUAAGUGGAUCAUAUCGCAAUUUGUGGAUUGUCUUCGUCUGUGGCAUCCCGGUGCUGACAAUGACUUGCAAAGCAGGAAUGAUGGCCUAUGAUUUUUGCUGUUUGCCCAUAUUCCGUAUCAUAGCGCGUCUCUCAUUCCAGAUGUAUAUGUGGCAUGUAUGUGUAUUGCAAAUAGCAAAUGGUUAUCAGAGGCAGCCACAUUAUAUGACCCAUAAGUACAUGGUUGGACAGGGAAUGAUAACUACAACGUUAUCAAUAAUUGUGGCAUUCUUUGUAUGCAUAUUAGUGGAGUUCCCUGUUUCACAAAUUUUCGAUGCAUUCAUAGCCGAUUUAAAGGAAAAUUCAGAAGGUGUAUUCUCUCUUAAUCCAAAAGUAUUACCGGAGAGAUCUAUGUAUGGAAGUCCGGGCUGCUCGCAAAAUCAUUAA